CUAAAUGGACUCAGGUCCAUGGAAUUCCAUGAUUCGGUCCGCUAGCAAAUGUGGAAGGACCCGAACAAAAUCAAUCAUCUCAUUUGCCCUAAACAUCGCAGGAACAGGACCUCCGACUCACGUUCGUCUUCCUCAGGUAUUAGUUUUGGAGAAGAAGAUCGACUAAAGAUAUAUAAUUCAGAAAGAUGCGAUUACUUACUCAUGCAAUUUCCCAACUCUCUACAAAUUCAAGAGCCACACUGUUAAAAAGCAUCACAAAUUCAUUAGCUUAUAGUUUCAGUUUAAGCAAUCGUUUUCUUUCAACUAAUAAAGGAAACGAAGGUGAUAUUGAUUGGGGCUCUGCAUCAACUUGGUCAAGCGGGCUCACUAAAGAGCAUUUUGAUGGGGAGGUUGUAGGCCACAAAGUAGGCGGCGGUGGCGGUGGUGGUGGUGGUGGUGGUGGAGGAGGUGUAUUAGGGUCAUCUCAACUUGUACCUAGAAAUUGGAAUGAUGAUGAUGAUGAAAUGGAAAAGAUAAGGAAAAUGGCAGCUGAAGCUUCUAGAAAAGAUGGUGAGUUUGCAAGUAAAUGGAAGGAAAGGAUGCGUGAAACAAGUUUGUUAAUGAAACAGGUGAUUGAGCCAGGGGCAAGAGGGUCAUAUUUGAAAGAUUCAGAAAAAGCUGAAAUGUAUCGGCUUCAUAAGGAGAAUCCAGAAGUUUACACUUUUGAGAAAUUAGCAAAAGAUUACAGAAUCAUGAGACAAAGGGUUCAUGCUAUUUUAUGGUUGAAGGAAGAUGAAGAGAAAAUGGAGAAAAAACUUGGACACCCUCUUGAUGAUUCUGUCGAACAGUUGCUUGAUAAUUUCCCCGAAUUCUUUGAUUGGCAUGAUAGGGAAUUUCAUGUUGCGACUUUACCAUAUAAGCCAGAUUUUAAAGUGAUGCCGGAGGGUUGGGAUGGAAGCAUUAAGGAUCCGGAUGAGGUGUUGUAUGAGAUUUCAAUGAAAGAGGAUGAAAUAUUAUAUCAGGAAUUUCUUGAGAAAUUCAACUUUAACAAGAUGAAAAUUGAGGGGAAAGUGAAAGUGCACAAGUAUAGCAGGAGGCGACCAACAGAGGGAUGGGAGAUUACAGUUGAGAAGAUGGGGCCACGUGGCAAACGGGGGGAUGGGGGUGGUUGGAAGUUCAAGAGCUUGGCUGAUGGGUCCACAAGACCACUUAAUGAUUAUGAGAAAAUGUUUGUAAAACGAGAGAAACCUCGCAGGCGACGCAAGAUUCUACACCCAAAAUAAAUUUAAUUCUCAGAUAUUUAGGAUUUUUGUUUGUGUCAAAUGUAGUGCAACCAUUGUUUUUUUUUUUUUUUUUUUUUUUUGUUACUA